AGCCGUACGCCGCGGGAUCCCGGAGAACCGCGCGAGACUCCGCGCGCCGCCAUAGCUCUUCCGCAGCCGAGUGAGUCCGCAGUGGUCGGAGUCUGCGGGAGGGAGCCAAGGUGGAGUGCGACGUCGGACGACGGCUGCGGGUGCGGCUCACGGAACCGCGGACCCGUUACGCCCGGCUGACCGGCACCAGGAACUACAACUCCCAGAGUUCAUUGCGCCGCGGAGCUGUGUUAGACAGUGACCACCCAUCCUGGAGCCAUGGUCCAUGCCUUUCUAAUCCAUACUUUGAAGCCCCCAAAUCUGGAGGAUGCAGGCCCUUGCCGAGUGCUUUACUCCUGUGUCUUUGGCACUGAGAAGUCACCGGAUGAUCCACGGCCACAUGGUGCAGAGAGGGACAGGCUCCUUCGCAAGGAGCAGAUGUUGGCAGUAGCCAGACAGGUGGAGUCCCUGUGUCAGCUACAGCAGCAGGCAUCUGGCCAGCCUUCUGUGGACCUGCAGUCCCAGUCCUCAGAUGAGCCUGUACCUCUGCAUGAGGCUCCACAUGGGGCCUUCUGCUUGGCUGCCGGAGACCCUUUCCAGGAGCCUCAGACAGUGGUGUGGCUGGGCACACUCUCACUUGGCUUUGCCCUGGUGCUAGAUGCCCAUGAGAACUUGCUGCUGGCUGAGAGCACACUUCGGCUGUUGGUCCACCUCCUCCUGGACCACCUCCGGCUGCUGAUACCUGGCACCAACUUCCUGUUGCGGGCCGACCGCAUGGAGGGUAUCCUUGCCCGCUUCCUGCCUCAUGGUCAGUUGCUCUUCCUCAACGAUCAGUUCAUCCAGGGUCUGGAGAAGGAGUUCAGUGCCACCUGGCCCCGCUGACCCCCACUGGAAUGGACUUCCAGAGAGGACAGGAAAGGAGGGUAGAGGUUGCACACUGCCAGGAGAAGCAUGGCGUCUGCCUCCUGCCCAGCCUGCUCCCCACUUUUUGUUUUGCUUUGUUUUUUCGAGGUAGGGUCUCGCUGUAGCCCA